AGGGAGUUGUUGAUAGGAAGGGUUUAAAGUGCAGGCUUUAUUGAAGUCUGUUGCAUUUUGCUGCUCUGCUCCACACUGAAGUCAUUGCCCAGGGAAGAACCUGCCAAAUGUUCCUCGCUGGGAUUAUCUCACUGAUCGUGCUCCCACAAAGUCUCCUGGCUAUCUCUUGUAAUUUUGAGGUGGAUUUCUGUGAAUGGAAACAAAACGCAACAGACAUUCUCCAAUGGAUUCGAGAUAAUGGCAGUGAGCUGCUGAAAUACGCUCCGAUGUAUGAUCAUACUCUCAAUGGCAAAGGGUAUUAUUUGUUUAUUCAUAAUUUGUCAGCAUCACUUCCGAAUCACACAGCCAGACUCUCAACGAUCCUCCAGACAGCCACUUCAGCCAAUCAGUGCUUUUCCUUCUGGUAUCACAUGUACGGACCGAGUAUUGGAACAUUGAGUCUCAAAGUGCAGCAGGAAGGUCGGCCUGAGGAACUCCUGUGGACAAGGACAGGAACAAAUGGGAAUCAAUGGAGAUGGGCAUUUCAUACCAUCCCACCCCAGAACAAGCACUUCCAGCUGAUUUUUGAAGCUUCCCUUGGAGCUGGGAUUGGAGACAUUGCCAUUGAUGAUGUGAGUGUGGUGGGAGGAGAGUGUGACACUCAGGGAUUGUGCUCCUUCGAGGCUGACAGCUGCCAAUACACAUCGCCAGGAAUGCUGAGCUGGAACCGCCUCAUUGCCAAUAUGUCCAAUCGGCCAGUCACUGAUCACACAACAGAGACCACUGAGGGGCACUUCAUGCUGGCCGACACCAGCGCUGAGAUUCUUCAGAGCAGCCACGCACUGCUGGUUUCACCGGUUCAGGAACCAAUGGAAGCCAGUGGCUGCUUCCAGUUCUGGUUCCAGAUGAAUGGCGACCAUCCAGGAACUCUGAAUGUUUAUGUGGAGGAAGAGACACAGAGAAAGCUGAAGAAAUGGAGCAUGAAUACAGGCCAGGACCAGAUGUGGAACUUGGGCAGCGUCACGAUUCAAACAGCACACACUUGGAAGUUGAUGUUUGAGGCGAUUGGAGGAGGAGCACCUGUGUCACACAUUGCCAUCGAUGAUGUCAAGCUGGAUCACACAGAAUGUCCCGAAAUUGGAGCUUGUGACUUUGAGCGGGACCUGUGCAGCUGGAAAAAUGUGCUGAACCCCAAACUAGACUCCAUGGACUGGGACUGGAGCAACGGGCAGACGCCCAGCUCUUUCAAGGGCCCUGAGGUGGACAACACAAAGAAGGACCCACAAGGUCAUUACAUGUUUGUGGACUUCGAGGCACUACGAAUCGAUGAUGUUGCGUGGCUUCUGAGCGAACAUUUCCCUCCGACAAAGGGCUCCUGCCUCUCGUUCUAUUACAGCACCAAUAUCUCCGAACAGCUCAUGCAUGGAGUCCUGAAGGUGUUCCGAUACCAAAUGGAUCAGGAGUCUGUGAUCUGGGAGGCCAAAGGCACUCAGAGUAAGGAGUGGUGGCCUAUUAACAUCACCAUGGAGAGCUCCACAGUCUUCCAGAUCGGUUUCGGAGCUGUGAAAUCAAACAAGGCAGAGGUUGGAUAUGUUGCUAUUGACGACAUUAUGUAUAAUCGUGGAGUGAACUGCCAUGGAAUACAAACAGAUGGAGCGAUCUGGGGUUCCAGUCAUCAGACUGCUGGUAUUGUUGCCUCAGUGAUCAUCGUCCUGGCCGUGGUGGUCUCUCUGACAGUGGGACUUGUUUACUGGCAGAAGAAGCAGAACAGUUCCCCCGGAUCAUUGAGUAGACAAUUUGGAUUUGAUAACCUGUUCUACCGCAGUCAGAACUAGGUGACAGCAGUUUGAGUCGAGAGUAUGAUAAAUGUAACAUUUAAAGAUUUAUGUGGCUUUCUAAGGAAUAAUGUAUGCACCUCGUCAUGUAGAGUUGUUAAAAAUCAUGCCGCAUUUUGGUGGAACAGGUAAGAAGCAGCUGGUUCCAGAAGGAGAGAUGGACUGAAAGUGAUUGUCAAAAGGGAGCAGAGUAUGAGAUGAACUUCAUCCAGCAAAUUAUUCUGGGUCUGGUCAGCCUGAAUGCGUGGUAGAAGGAUAUUCAGCAAGUACUUAUAUAAAAAAAAAACUCAGGAGUUCUUGGGAAUGAGUUUCAGGGCAUAGGGAGAAAGGGAAGCUGUUCAGCUCCUUUAUCCUGUUCUAUCAGGCAAUGAAAUCAUAUUCCAUCUGUCCAUUAUUGCUGGUCACCAGGCUUAGAUCAACGGCCAAAAUAACUCAGAUAAUCCAAAAUCUAUCAGCUUGUGAUUGGACAUGACAGAAGCUCACAUCCAAUGCUUUUGUUAAGAGAAUAUACCAUCAGCCCCUGCCUUUUGCUUGAAGAAAAUUUUCUAUCUUCCUUCCUGAAUGGCCUGGUCUUGCUCUUCCCUCUUGCUCAGCAUCCUCACCCCAUCAAGAUAUUAGAUCAGCCAUGUUCGCAUUGAAUGACAGAACAGACUUGAAGGGUUGAAUGGCCUACUGCUGCCACUGUUACUUUAUAUUCUCCCUAGGUAACAUCUCGAUUAUCAAAUGUCUCUUUGUAAUCUAACAUUUGGAACCUACUCUGAUGAAUUUCUAGCAUACUCCUUGUGAAGUCAUUAUAUCUUUGCUGAGGCAUGGUAUCAGUACUGUAGCUGGAGACUCUCUGCAGCUCGGUAAAACUACAGCAAAAAUUUUCACCCUUUCUAUUGCAGACUUAGAAAUAUUCCACUGGCUGUUCUGAUCAUUUUCCAUGCAGUCCAUUCAAUGAUCCAUGUGGUGGACCUGAAAACCUCAGAAUCUGCCAUUGUACUAAUUCUUACUCGGUUAACAGACUUCAACCAACUUUCGGUUUGGUCCAAAAUUGAUGACCUCACACUUACCACUGUUGAAAUCCAUUUGUCCUCAUCUACUUUGUGGCCAUUUAAUCUAUCAAUUGAUCAAUGACUGUAAAUAUCUGCACUUCUCAGGUGCUGGCUGCUCAGCUCUGUCUCUAUCAAUGUCUCUUGGUAAUUUGUAGUCCUAACUUCACCUCGAACUAAUAAGCCAACACCGAGCUGGGAUUGUUCACCCUCUAUUGUGUUACCAAAAUAUUUAAGAAGCUUGUGAACAGUUUGGAGAAAUGCAAUUGUAUUGGCUGGGCUUGCUGUAAUCUCGGGAGCUGUACCUCUGCUGGGAGUGCCUUUGUGCAAAGUCUGUGGAAACCAGGAACAUGAAUGAAAUUAAACACAGUGUCAGAGUG